UCAACAAAGUUUUGAUACAACUACAUUGAAUGAUCUCUACAAUCAACUGAAAACACAUGAAUGUGAGGUCUCAGAAAUGUAUGAAGAAUCAAAACUAGCGAUUGGUGGUCCUUUGGCUCUUAUUUCAAAGGUAUCAGAAACUGAUGAAAAAGAUGGUUCAGAUGAAGAAGGAUUUUUGAUGAACUCUGAUGAUGAAGCUGUAGCAUUCUAUUCAAACAACAGAGUUAAAAAGUUUUUCAAAAAGCCUUUUAAUCCAAAAGGAAAGAAUAGUGAUGCGAAAAAUGUUGUCACAAGAACUGGAGGGGAAGAGAGGAAGAAAAUGGAGAAAAUUGAUGAAAAACAGAAAAAUGCGAAUGAAGAGAAAAAGUUGAAAGGUGAUUCAGGAAUUUAUUGUCAUUAUUGCAAUGAUGCGAAUCAUUUCGCAGCUGACUGCAUGUUGCGAAAGAAAGAAGAGAAGAAAGAAAAAGUCAAAGAUGAAGCAUACUACUCCGAGAAGAUUGAAGAAUUACGUGCUAAGACCAAAGGAGUGUCAUUAGUUGCUAAGGGAGAAACUGCUGAAGAAGAAAGUGGAACUUAUCAGAUCUGGUCUUCUGGAUCUGAUGAUGAGGAAAUGAGGCAUCCCACACAUGGAGCAAUGUUCGCAAGUUUUGAGGAUUGCGAAGAGAACAUUUCAGGGAGAUGUUUUGUGUCUAAAUCCACUGACAAGUCACCCAUGACAACCAAGUAAUGAAGCUAAGAAAUUAAAUGUGCAACUUAGUGAGACACGAAGAGAUUUAGAAAUAAAGAAGAGCAGAGUUGAGAAAUUGGAAUUGCAAGUCAAAAAUAUAGAUUGUGAUAGGAAUAAUCUUACUAACGAUGUUAGGUUAUUACUAGCACAAAGAAACAUAUAUUGUAAUUCUGCAAAACGACUAUAUGCAAAAUUAACAGUUUUACAUCA